AUAAGCUGUAAAUGUUGAAUAGUAUAAGAAAAGUAGUUUGUGUUUCCUUUUUUAUAUUUAUGUUUACGAAAAUGGCAAAUUCUGAAGUUACGAAGAAAACGCUUAAAGACUUUGGAUACGGUUUCAACAGUGAAGGAAAGCUCCGUCAACUUGACGUUGAAUCAGGAGAAAUAACUGAUUUGCCUUUCGUGUUUGAAGUGAGCAGCUCAAGAGCUGAAAACCAACGUCAUUAUGAAGCUUUAGGUGAUGCGAUUACUGAAUAUGUUUACGAAUUGAUGGACAAAAAUGGGAUGCAUCGUAUUUAUCUACCAGAAAAUCAACCAGAACCCAAGGCUACUUUCAUAUUUUCUUCGAAAAAGGAACUGAAGGAUGUAGACAAACUAAUGGUAAUAAUCCAUGGGUCUGGUGUUGUACGUGCAGGUCAAUGGGCACGUAGUCUCAUCAUUAACCAUUCAUUGGAUUCUGGAUCCAUUUUGCCAUACAUAAAAAAAGCUCAAGAGCAAGGCUAUGAAAUCGUUGUGACUAAUACUAAUGACAAUCAUCGCGAUGGAAAAAUCAUACAAGAUAGUGGAUCACCCGAUGAACAUGCAAAGACUGUUUGGAGAAAAAUUGUUCAGCCAGCAAAUGCGAAAUCAAUUGCUGUUGUUGCACAUAGCUAUGGUGGCCACAUUAGUAAUGUUUUAAGCAAGAUGUUCAAGGAAGAUUUUGAUUCAAAAGUAUUUGCUGUAGCUUUAACGGAUAGUGUUCAUGGCGGGGGAGCCUUAUUGGAACUUUUGAACGUCAAUAAAUUUAUCAAUGUUGUAGAAGAUUAUAACAUUAUCUCUCACGAAAAUGUUCCAGAAUAUAACACUAUUCUAAUUGAGGAUUCUUCUGUUCAAUUUAAGCACGCAGCAAUUGCUCAUGAUGGUCGUGGUCUUUAUCGUAUUAUAGAUUUGUGUACAAAAGAAACCAGAAUUAAAAUUUCUGGAGAUUCUACUUAUGAGUUACUCGACCCAUUGAAAUUUUAUAACUUAAACCAUGGAGAUAAAAUCAAGUUCGGUAAUGUGGAAACAAAAUUCCUCUCAGAUGAAAACGCAGUCCUUAAUACACUACAAAUUCAGAAUUUCAAUUCAUCACGAUUAGUUCUUCAAAAAGAAAAGAAAACUUUUUUUGUUCCCGAAACACAAGUUACAGAAGAUUUUCAUAAUAAUAACUAUAAUGGUGAAACUGAGAUUUUUCUCCCUGAAACAGAAAUUUACUCAGAAUUAUCAAAAUGCAGCCGCUCUCCUUCACAAGAAUCUGUUCUUGAGAUAAUUAGUGAGAAUGUGGAAAAAAGUAAAGAUCCUUUAUCCCAAAAUUUGUUCGCCGAUAUUUCUAUUGCUACAAAAACAUCUGAAUUAAAUACUAUAGAUGAGGAUGAUGGGAUGAAUACUCCUAAAUUAGUUUCACCAUCAAAAGAAUCAAAGAAGUGUGAACUGGUUGAAGAUUCAGACGAAAAUUCAUUAACGCCUGAUUUAGAUUCAUCUUCGUCACCUAAAAAUAUAAAAAAUGAAAAAAAAGCAUUCAUAUUUGAUAAAUUGCAAGCAAAUUCUUCAAAAGUAAACGAUUUUCUUGUUCAGAAAAAGAAAAACCAGUCAGCUGACAAUGAUGAGACGCAAUAUUAUAAUGACAGUUCCACUGAUGAUGAAAGAGCAGAAGUCAAGGUUAAGGAAAACUUAUUUGAACAAACGCAACCGUUGUUCAUCCUUCGUCGAACUACAAGAAAACAUGAAAAGGAACAACAAGCUAUUAAACCUAAAACUGUGUCAUUGAAAGAAUUUGAAGAGCUUGAAAGUAAAACAAAAGUUUCGAACAAAUUUUCUUUGGAGACGCAACCAAUUUUCUUGCAAAAUUCAAAUAGUAAAAUGUCGUCAGUUACGAAAACUAAAAAUCGUAUUUUGCUGUCAUCAUCUGAAGAGGAAGAUACAAAAAAAGAAAUAUCAGGGAGUAUCAUUGCAGGAGUAGUAAUCCAGAAGAAAGCAGAAGUACAAAAUAUUUUGGAAACAGAAAAUUCCACUGGAGAAUGCUGGUCACCAACAUUAAGAUCUCCACCAUCUUCUGAUAGUCUGCUCAUAAAAGAUAUGACUACACCAGAAUAUCUUCCAAAAUUGCCAUCUGACUCUCAAUUCGAUGAGUUCCUUGAACUGGUCAAUAAUACUGGUGAGUCUGACUUGUCGUACUUCGAUGAUACGAUGAGAUCAGAUGAAAAUAUCGCAGAUGAUAAAGAAAAUUGUUUCGAACAUAAGGAAGAAAAGUUAACAAGCGUUAAUGAGACUGAAAGAGCUGCAAAACGUAAGAAAAUCCGUCGUCGAAUUAUGAAAUACAUAAGUUCUAGUGAUGAUGAUGAUGACGGGCCUUCAACAUCGAAAAUUCAAAAAACUGCUUCAACAAAGUCAGUCAAAUCAAAACCAUCACUUAAGGCACGUAAAUCUAAUUCAAAAAUUCUUCAAUCAAAUAGUGACGACACCCGAAAAGAACUGCCAAAAAGGUCAGCAACACCAAAAAAACAGAUAUCGAUUUCAUUAUCAAAUAUUACUAGUGCAAACCAGAAAGCAAAAUAUCACGGAAUUGGUGAAAAUUUAGGUUGCAAACUCGUCAAAAGUGUAAUUGAUGCUGAUAUCCUUUUGACAACGUCGUAUACCAAAACAACCUCUAAAAUUCUCGCUGCUCUUUGUAAAGGCAUUCCUAUAGUGACUGAGCAGUUUCUAAUAGCAUCAAAGGAAGCUGGAAAAUUAUUAAAUCCUUAUGAUUAUUUCAUACCUGAUCAGAAAGUGGCUGGCGAACACUUGUCCUUUAAAGAUUUCAUAUUCACUUCAAAAAACCACAAACGAUUCACAAACACUUCCGUUUAUGUGACCUCAAAAUGCGUCAUUCCAUAUCUUGAGACUAAAGAAAUUAUUGAAGCUGGAGAUGGUGAAAUUAUCACCGAUUUGAAGCAAGAACCAAAAAAACAAAAUUUUAUUUUCAUCCACAACAUCAUCGAUGAAAAGGAGAUCAAAUUUUUAUCGAACAAAUAUCCUUCUGGAACAAAAAUCAGAGAUGUUCAUUUUUUUAAAUCUAUUGUUCGACCAAACUAUUCUUAAAAUUCUUUUUUUAAUAAAUAAGAAGAUACAUUCAAA